UAGUUAGUCAUCAAUUGUCUGUGAGUCCUUAUAACAGUUAAAAAAAAUAAUAAUGUGUAUGACACAUCAAUUUGUUUCUUCUUCUUUUAACAUAACCAAUUUAUUUUAAUUGAGCUUGAAAGAGUUAAGUUUGUAUGCUUUAAAAUGUAAAAAAAUUUCCACAAAUAUUUGUUUUUGUAAUAAAUAUCCUGUGUUUAUUUUGUACUUUCUGUUAUGACUCAUUUCCUUGUUAUGUAUGCACUGUAUUAUUUACAAAAGCAAACAGAAUUUUAACUAUGUCAUUGGGUUAAUUGUAAUAUUUUCGCUUUAAAUCAAAUUGAUUUUCUUUCUGUGUAUUGAAUUAUUCAUUCCUACCAAUAAAAAAGAUAACUUUUCGUUAUCAUUUAUCGUAUAUGUUACUCAAUAAUUAUUGCUAAAUUGAUGAAUCAUACACUAAAAUCAAUGUUAUUAAUAAAUAAACAUUAAAAAACGUAAUAUAAUCGCCAAAAAUGAUAAAAAAUUAAAAUAUCAAAGUGACAUUUAGAAUUUGACAAUUAAUUUUUGAAAAUAUUUGUUGUCAACAAUAUUUCGCGCAUGCGCUUUAUUCGUAACUAACUUCAUACAGUAAGCGCCAUAUUGAAUUAGUUGUCAAUUAAUUGUGUCAGUUUUUCUCUUUGAUUCUUUCAACAAAUUAAUUAAAAAUGCCUCGCGCGGAGGUUGGGACGCCAAAGUAUUUGGCGAAUAAAAUGAAAGCGAAAGGUUUGCAAAAACUACGCUGGUAUUGCCAAAUGUGUCAGAAACAAUGCAGAGAUGAAAAUGGGUUUAAAUGCCAUACGAUGUCGGAGUCCCAUCAAAGACAACUUUUAUUAUUUGCGGAUAACCCGAAGAAAUAUAUGGACGAAUUUUCUUAUGAUUUCGCUAAAGGUUAUUUAGACAUAUUAAGGCGUCAAUUUGGAACGAAACGGGUGUUGGCGAACAAAGUUUACCAAGAGUAUAUCACUGAUAAAAAUCAUAUUCACAUGAACUCCACGCGAUGGGUGACUCUAACGGGGUUCGUAAAAUGGUGCGCAGCAACCGGAAAAUGCAUAUCAGAGGACACAGAAAAAGGGUGGUACAUAACCUAUAUCGAUAGAGACCCCGAGACGAUUGCCAGAGAAAAAAGAAAACAUAAAAAACUAAAAAUGGAUAAAGACGACGAAGAAAAAACCAUGGAAUUCAUUGAAAAUCAAGUAAAACGUGGACAAGAAAAAAUAAAAAACGAUGAACCCAUUUUUACCGAAUUAAAAAGAGAAGAAGAAGAAAAAUUAACCUUAGAAAUCAAAUUAGAGAAUAAAUUUAAAGUACCCGCCCCAAUUCCAGUCUCAAAAUUAAUUAAAGUUCAAGAUGAUGACACAAAAUCGAUUAAAUCAUUUAAAUCAACCAAAUCAGAAGGAAGAAAACGAUCAGCUUUGGAUGAUAUCAUGGAUAACGAGGAAAAAAAGAAAGAAAAGUCGAAUCGGAAAGAUUAUUGGAUAACUGAAGGGAUUGUUGUUAAAAUUGUUACGAAAUCGUUAGGGGAAGAUUAUUAUAAACAAAAAGGUGUUGUGGUUCAAGUCCAAGAUAAAUAUGUCGCGAUUGUUAAAUUAUUAGAAGGUGGGAAAAAAGUUAAAUUGGAUCAAGAACAUUUAGAAACGGUUAUUCCGGCGAUUGGUAAAUUGGUUAGAGUUGUUAAUGGGGCUUAUCGUGGUGAAAAAGCCACCUUAUUAAAACUUGAUGAAAGAAACUUUUGUGUUGAUGUUGAAAUUGCGUCCGGUUUGUUACAAGGAAGAAAAAUUUCGGGUGUUCAAUAUGAAGAUGUAUCAAAAAUACAUUGUGAUUAAUUUUAUAAAUUAUAAUUAAGAUUAAUAAUUUAAAUUAAGUUUAAAUUUUAUUUUUUUUUAAUAAUAAAUGUAUAAAUAACUUUUUUGCGUUUUGACCCAUUAUUGACCAUUGUACAGGGAA